AUGCAUGUUAGUCUCCUUCUCCAAAAAAGUUUAAAAGUAAGUUUUUACUUGUAAUGUAUUUUAAUAAAUAAAUAUCCAUUGUAUGUUAAAUUUUAACAUGUUAUAUAUAAGAAUAAUUUUUUGAAAGUGCUGAAAAAUCAAAAAAAACCAUCCGUAGUUAAACUGCUACCUUAUGAUAUUUCAUCAAAUUUAAUCAAAUUAUCAAAUUUAAUUUAAUAAAUAUAAAAAUGUUAAGUCGUAAUGUACUUGCUAUACACUAAUAAUUAUCACAAAUUAUUUAUAUCAAUAGGGUAGAUGUAUUUUAUAUAAUCAUGUUCUGUUUUUAUAUUACCAAUAUUUAAUUUAAAGUAUGAUAAAGUUGAUAAUAAUGAAGAUAUCAUUGAAAUUCAAAUAGAAUCUUCUGGUGUUCAUCCUGUUAAAUAUUAUUUUUUUAACAAUAAAGUUAUUAUUUUUGUUUAAAUUUAAAUUAAAUUUUAAUACAUGAAAAAAGUUCAGAAGUAUGUUUCAAGUCACCUAAACUAUUAAACAUAUUUACAGAAGCUAUUAAUAAUAGUAUAUCAUUAGGUAAAGCUUGUAAAGCAGUUUGAUAUUUACUAAUUACAUAUAGGCAAAGAUUAUUAAUUUAUCAAUUAUGAAAUAAGACAUGUCAUAAAUAAUCAAAGAAUUGGUUUUAUUUAAAUUUUUUUAAAUAGUAUGCCAACAAAUGAUUCUUCUAUCAAUAAUAUAUGCUCAUCAUUAAAUAAUAUUACUUGUUGUCCCUUACCCAUCCAUAAUAUGGCAGAUACAUUGGAAAAUAAUAUUUUGGGAUAUAGUACAUUUUGCAUAAACUUAGUAAGAAACUAAACUAAAUUUGAUUUAGUUAUUAAAUGGUUGAAAUAUUGAGUUUUAAUAAAUUUUAAUUGAAUUUUUGUAACCAAAUAAGUAUAGUAAUUGUAGCAUUUACUAACCGAAGAAACAAGAAAAAAAAGUUCUGUGAUAAUAAUAUUAUAGUACUAUUCAUAAUAAUAUCAUAAUACUAUUCAUAAAAGUAUUAAAAAUAUUAGCUAUUAUUGCUAUACCUAUACAUAUAUGUAUAUAUAUAUUUCUAAAAAAGCAUCUAAGUUAAAUUAUUAUCAUGGAUAUUAUAACAUCGUCUUAAUAAUGUAUGCUUAUAAUUUAAGGACUUGGAAGAACAUGGCCAAGUUUCUUAUACUUACUGUCUAGUAUUUGUUUACUCAGUAAUUAUAGUAUGGAGGAUGAGUUGUAUUUAUUUCCAUUUAUUCCUUGGUUUUGAAAUUUGAGAGUUUUUCCUUUACAAGGUAUAUAAUAUAUAUUACAAUUAUUUUAAUAUAUUUACAUAUUUUUAGGUGAUUGAACUAUCUUAUAUUAGAGGAAAAAAUGAUAAAUCGAUGGUAAAAAGGCUUAUGGCUAAGUUAAAGAUGAGUUAUUGAAAAACUUCUCUUAUACAAGGAAAAAAGGAAAACAGAAGUUUUCAAAUUUAGCAACCUGUUCAGUAAAAUUUGGUAAGUUAUAUUAUAACUAUAUACUAUAAUAUAUAACUAUUGAUAUUAUUGUAUAGCAGGCAGUGGUGUGGGGAAAAGUUGUAAGCAAUGGUCUUUCAAAAUUUGUGAAUGGGUAUACCAUGAUGCUUAAUUUAGUAAAAUUUUGAAGACAAUAGUGCAGAUAAUAGGAUAUGCUCAGACUAUUACUAUAAUCAUAAUAUUGAUAUUAUUAUUGGGUAGAAUAUAAUAAUAAUAAUAUUUAUUUAUUUUUAAAUUGGAAAUAAAAAUUCAAUAAUUUAUAAAUGAAAGUUUGUAUUUAUAUAAAUAUAAUUAAUUUUAACUAAAAUAAAAUGUGUAAUAUAUAGUCUUAUUAAAUCAAAAUUUAAGUUAAUUAAUGGUUAAAAUUUAAUAAAAUAACUAUAUAUAAUAAUGUAUAUACAAAAAAAUAUUUUAAUACAAUUAUUUGUAAAUUUCUAAAUAUUUAAAUGCCAUGUUUUAAUAGGUUAUAUAAAUCCAUUAGGAGAAAUAUGUAUAUCCUCUAAAAGUAAUCUGCUCUUAACCAAAAAUGAGUUAAGCAUGCUACAGUUACUGUGUAGGUUUUGUUUAGUUACAAUGUAUGAUGAAUGUUAUAUGCUAUAUUUAUUAUUAAAGCUUUCUUAUUUGAUUUUUAGAUACCAUCAAAACUCAAGGAAAUUUUAAACACAGUACUCAAAAUAAAAUAGAAAAUAUUAUUAAGUAUCUACUUGCUCAAGCUCCAUUCAACUUGAAGAGGCAAAUUGAAAAAAAACUAACCUUUAUUUUUUAUCAUCCAUCUUUUAUUUAA